AUGGCAGCCAAUAUAUGCAUGCGAAGUGCGUAUGAACUAUUCUCAAUCACAUCUCCAGGAACAUCGGAUCUCGAUUUGGGAGCAUCUUUCUGGAAAGAAGAACCCGAUUCCAAGUAUCUUUGUCUCGAUUCUCCAGUUGAACAACGUCAACAGCAACAACCGAUGGCAGUUUGUGCUGGCUGCCGAUUAGAAAUAGCAGAUCGGUACUUCUUGAGGGUUCAUCCAGAUAUGGAGUUUCAUGCACAUUGCCUCAAGUGUGCUCAAUGUGCUCGACCAUUGGAUGAGAAUCAGACGGCGUUCGUGAAAGAUGGACACACGUAUUGCAAGGAUGAUUACAGAAGUAUAUUCAAGACCACACGAUGCACACGAUGUCAUGGAGAAUUCGAUAAAUCAGAUCUUGUGAUGAGAGCGGGAGAUCUGAACGUAUUUCAUUUGCAUUGUUUCUCUUGUGUGGCUUGUGAAAAAAGGCUGCAGACAGGAGAGGAGUUCCAGAUCAAGAACAACAACGUAUACUGUCGUGCGGAUUGUCAAGGGAUUGAGAGGCCGGAUAGAUCAGACUCCCUUCCAGAUUUUUCAAAAUUGUCGAAUAAUAACAAUGAUACUAACAAUUCGAGUUCAAAUUUCGAUGAAGAUGAAUGGGAUGAAGAACGAUCCACUUUGACGUCUCUAGACAAUAACACAUCGAGUCCUUUAGGGUCUCCCAAAUCAGAUGGUGUCCAAACUCCAUUAUACGGUCAUCAUAACAGUGGAUCUGGAGGAUCGUCGAGUAGUUGUGGGAAGAAGAAAAAAGACAAACAGGCUACACGAGUACGAACUGUGUUGAAUGAACAACAACUGAAAAUUCUGAAGGAUUGCUAUUCUUGUAACUCAAGGCCUGAUGCUUCAUUAAAGGAGAAACUCGUCGAGAUGACUGGUCUGAAUGCACGUGUCAUUCGGGUGUGGUUCCAGAAUAAGCGAUGCAAGGAUAAGAAACGCCAGAUUCAAAUCACAGAGAGCAGGAUAAACUCUGAAAGAGAAGACGUGCUCACUAGGGUACGAAUCAAUGGAAUCGGUCCUUUGAUGGUUCAACCACCGACUCCGCACAUUGACACGACGCUAGGUGGUGGACCAAUUGAUAUUCAUUCGUUCGCACAAUGGUCAACGACACCAACGCCACCGCAAUUUGGAAAUCCUAUGAUGUUCAACUCUCCAGUUGAAAUGCCACCAUACGGAGUAACACCAAUCCUGCCACCGGGAUCCGUCAUAUCAACAUCAUCAGAAGUUCUUGGUCCUCCUGGAGCUGCAAUCUUUCCUCACUAUUCUCCACAACAACAACAUUCGUCAUUAACUGCAUCCUCUCAUCCCAUGUCUUCGCCCAUUUCAUCGUGCUCUGAUUAG